AUGCGACACCUCGGACGACUCCAGUAUGCGACCGAGCCUCCAAUCAAUCGCGGAGACGGAAUCAUCUAUAUACCUUUCCACGAAUAUCAAAUCUCCGUAUCAAAUGACAAUACCAGAGCUACUUCCCGCGGCCGGGUGGCAAACACAGCUCCUGUCCAGUUAACUAGCACCAGUAAAGAGGGCGGUGUGCACGAGCAAUUGGGGCACUGUGAGUUAGUGAUGUUCAGAAAUAACUACGACGGUGAUACUGUGACGUUUUCCCCGACUGGGAGACUGUUCCAGGUGGAGUACGCGCUAGAGGCCAUCAAGCAGGGGAGCGCCACAGUCGGGCUGCGGUCGAACAAGUACGUGGUGCUGGUGGCGUUAAAGCGGAACGCGGACGAGCUGUCGUCGUACCAGAAGAAAAUAAUCAAGUGCGACGAUCACAUGGGGCUGUCGCUCGCCGGGCUUGCGCCGGACGCGCGCGUGCUGUCGAACUUUCUCCGGCAGCAGUGCAACUACUCGCAGCUGGUGUACGCGCGUGACCUGUCUGUGGUCAAGGCCGGGCAGUUGCUGAGCGACAAGGCGCAGAAGAACACGCAGUCGUACGGGGGGCGGCCGUACGGUGUGGGGCUGCUGCUGGCGGGUUACGACAACAGCGGCGCGCAUCUGCUGGAAUUCCAGCCCUCCGGCAACACGCUGGAGCUGUACGGCGCGGCGAUCGGCGCGCGGUCGCAGGGCGCAAAGACUUACCUGGAGCGGGUCAUGGAGGAGUACCUGGAGAUCGAGGAUGCCGACGCACUGAUCAAGCACGGCGUGGAGGCGCUGAAACAUUCGUUGAAGGACGAGACACUCAGCACCAAGAAUCUCUCGAUCGCUAUUGUCGGUAAGGACAUGCCAUUCACUCUCUAUGACGGAGAAGCCGUUGCGGCCUACCUAUAG